AUGGCCACUGCUGCUGCUCAGAUUCCUGUCUGUGCCUCUGUCGAGUGCCAGAACGAAGCUCGUUUGCAAUGUCCUACAUGUGUAAAGCAACGCAUCACUGAAGGAUCUUAUUUUUGUUCUCAGGAUUGCUUCAAAAAGAGCUGGGGCAUGCACAAGUCGCAACACACCCAAAGCAAGGCAUUGUAUGAUCCUUUCCCAACGUUCAACUACAAGGGUCCACUUCGUGCUUGUUAUCCUUUGUCGCCUCGUCGAGCUAUUCCAGAGUCGAUUCAGAAGCCUGAUUAUGCUGAAACUGGCAUUCCAAAGUCGGAAUUUAUGCAAAGAGGAGGCGCUAUCCGAGUUUUGAACGAGAACGAGAUCAAACACAUGAGAGAAGCUUGCAGAAUCACUCGAGAAGUUUUGGAGAUCGCUGCCAAAGCCGUGCGAGUCGGUAUCACGACCGAUGAAAUCGAUCGUAUCGUUCACGAAGCCACAAUUGAAAGAGGCGCUUAUCCUUCGCCUUUGAACUACAACUACUUCCCCAAGUCUUGCUGCACAUCUCUUAACGAAGUGAUCUGUCACGGUAUUCCCGAUCAGCGUCCUUUGGAGGAUGGUGACAUCAUCAACAUUGAUAUCAGCUGUUUCAAGAAUGGCUUCCACGGCGAUGCGAACGGUACCUAUCUUGUCGGUAACGUCGAUGACCGUGGUCGAGAACUCGUGCAGGUUACCCGGGAGUGCUUGGAAAAAGCAAUUGCUGCAGUUAAACCCGGUGUCCGAUACCGUGAUUUUGGUAAAAUUAUCGAAGAUCAUGCCACUAAGCAUGGAUUUUCGGUGGUUCGUGCCUUCUGUGGUCACGGCAUUAAUGAAUUAUUCCACACCACUCCCAACGUUCCUCAUUAUGCCAACAACAAAGCGAUCGGUAUUAUUAAACCAGGUCACUGCUUCACAAUCGAGCCUAUGAUUUGCGAAGGCGUGUGGCAAGAUCAUUUGUGGCCUGACGGCUGGACGGCCACGACCAGGGACGGCAAGCGAUCUGCUCAAUUUGAGCAUACCUUACUUGUUACUGAAACCGGUGUAGAAAUUUUGACCUAG